AUGCAUUGGCCUGGGAAGUGCGAUUGCACGAUCGGGUGGAUUGGCGCCAUUUGCCAUUUCUUGGCCAUUCUGACCAAGUUUUCGUUUGAUCUCAUCAUUGAGCUAUCCAUUGAAACGGGGGGUUCCUAUGAACAACUUGGAUCCUACACGUACGGAACUGGAGGACGAAUCUUGGUCAUGAUAUCCAAGUUCCUCUUUGCCUAUGGCUGUAUGGUGGCCUACAUCAAGAUUGUAAAAGACAACUUUCCCUCCGCCAUGCUGGAUAUGACCGGUUGGGCACUCUGGGAACCAAACCAUGCCAAUUGGGUCACGAUUUGUCUGAGUGCCAUGGUCAUGCUGCCCUUGUCUCUGCUUCGGGACAUGACACCUCUGGAACGUGUUUCCAUUGCAAUUUGCCGCUUUGGCCAUUUAUGUACCAUUUUACUUGUACCGGCCAAUAUAAUACGAGGCAACAACAGGCAGUGGGCAAGCAUGUUGUGCGUGCAGCCAGCAUGUUUGCCGCUCGGGACUUGUCUUUACCUUUGUGGCACAGCACACGGUCAACUUGGUUUUUGA